AUGUUCAAGCAAAGCUGGCGAGGACAGAUGACGUUCAAUGUUGCGGCUGUCAUCGGACCUCGCCUUGCGCUCAAGCUUCCUCUUCGAGCUGUAAAGACGAUGGGAGCUGUUAUGAAGCCGGUGCACGAUAUGUCAGCUGACAUUGUCGCCCAGCAUACAGAAGGGUCGGCAAGAUUGGAUCAAGAAAGUCUGGUUGACCAGACGGUCCACAUGCUUGCUGCGGCGACCGAGACAUCUGCCGGCACCCUAUCCUGGGCCGUACAUUUACUUUCUCGGUACCCAGACUGGCAAAACAAGAUUCGAGAAGAGGUUCGUCGACGAUUACCCUCUCCGAGAUGCAUGAAUCUCGAGGAAUGCUCUUCAGCAGUACAAAGAUCGGACUUUCAGGACAUGGUCCAUCUGAACGCCUUUGUCAAGGAAGUUCUUCGCUUUCACUCCGUCAACACACUCUUGUGGCGCGAAUGCAUAGAGCCAGCAACUAUUGCUAGCGAAACCAUUCAACCGGGAACUAUCCGCUGGAUCGACGACUCGCAAGGUGGUUCAAGGAAUGAAGCUGCCUGGUUGAUCUUUGGGUCCGGGCCAAGGGGAUGCAUUGGCGAGCAGUAUGCUUAUGCUCAGAUCCAAGCCAUUAUCGCCACGCUUGUUGGCCGAUACGAUAUGUCACCACUUAAUGCAGCAGUGGGUACUGAUGAAGGGCACGAGCUGGGCGAUGAUGCUGCUUUGACCUUGUCUAAGGUCAUGGAUGGGUGGAAGCUGAAGUUUCGAGAAGUGCCUAGGUAG